AUGGCGGCAGGCAGGAGGCGGCUGCCCCUGUGGGCGCGCAGCCUGGCAGCGGUGGGCAACAGCCGGCUGCAGGCGAUGGCGCAGGACUGGAGCCAGCAGCAGAGCUUGCUCGCCAGCAUGCACCUGCACCCGCACGAGGGGCAGCGAGACAGUCAGAUCAAGACAGAACCCAGCCGAGAGGGAGCAGUUGCAAGGGAGAAUGAUGUCAGCCUGCUCCCACGCGAGGGAUCUGCGCUGUCAACACAGGCGCUCAAUGCAGCAGACAGGGAGGAAGACAAGCCAGCCACCCUGGAGAGCUUGGCCAAAGCAAGGUCGACAGCCCCAAGCAUGGCAUCCCAGGGCCAAAGCGCCAAAGUGGCUGACCUGGUGCGCAUGUGGCAGCGCCAGCCAAUGACAGUGCACUCUCUGCCCCAGCAGCGCUCUGUUUCACGUGUGGGCAGCUCUGGCCUGGAGCAGGGGCGAGGCAGGGCUGCCGGCGCACCCAGCCGGGGAUACAUGAGCCCCCUGGUACUGUCCAAGGUGCAGAGCUACCUGGACACAGCUGCCAGCCCCUCUGGCAUGCAGGGCACACCAGACAGAGGUGCAGCGGGUGUACGAUCAGUGCUGAACACUGCUAGGAGCAUGACUGCUGCAGAGCAGCCUGACGCCGGUAUUUCUCAUGCACACCCCAAUGGAGCUCCACAGGCAGCAGUGCUGAUCCUGGUAGGCCCACCUGGCUCUGGCAAGAGCACAUUUGCAGAGGAGCUGAAGCAGAGGGCACCGGGACACUGGCAGCGCAUCAACCAGGACACGAUAGGCGGUGGGAGCAAAAAGGGGACCCGGCAGCAAUGCGCAGCCGCUGCUCGCAAGGCUCUGGACAAAGGCAGCAGCUGCGUUAUAGACCGGUGCAACUUUGAUGCUGCCCAGCGGAAAGAUUUUGUCGCGCUGGCUCAGGACGCCGGCUGCCAUGCGCAUGCAGUGGUGCUGCAGCUGCCAGCGGCCCUGUGUGCAGCGAGGGCAGCCCAGCGCGUGGAUCAUGAGGGCGGCCUGCAGGGGGCUUCUGCCAAGAGCGUCGUCUACAGGAUGGCUUCCCAGAUGACCUCCGCCGGACUGCCCAACGCCACCACAGAGGGGCUGUCAUCUGUCAUGGUGUGCAGGACGGAGGGUGAUGUCAAGCGGGCGCUGAAUGCGUGGGGCGCAUAUGGGAGGUCCUCUGAGCGGCCGAUCGACGCCUUCAACAAGGGGUUGCCGCGCAAGCACACCCUGCACGACCUGUAUCGGGAUGAGAAACCGGAAAUGCGCGUAAACGAGCAUUGCGUGCUCAUACAUGAUGCAUUCCCCAAGGCGCACCAUCAUGCGCUGGUGCUGCCUCGGUGCGCAGAACUUCACGACAUGACCAGCCUUAGAGCAGAGCACGUGGCGCUCCUGAACCACAUGGAGGCUGUGGCACAGGAGUGGAUAUCGCAACAUGAGAGCAAAGCAGGCUAUCUACUGGGCUUUCAUGCCAUACCCUCCAUGAGCCACCUACAUCUGCAUGUCAUCAGCAAGGACUUUGACUCGCCAAGGUUGAAGCACAAAAAGCACUGGAACUCGUUCACGACACCAUUCUUCAUGCAGCUGCGCGAUGUUCGAGCACAGCUCCUGUCGCAAGGCAAGCUACUAUUUUACAUGGAACUUGAGAACGCCUAUUGA